AAAUAUGGUUAUGUAGUUCAUUUUUUUUGAUAUAUGCUCUCUCCAUACUUGAAAAGAGGAGCUGUACUGUUAUCGAUAAUUCAUUUGUGCGUGGCGUGGAAACCCUAACUCUGUGUAGCGUGGAAACCCUAGACAGCUCUGUGUAGCGUGGAAACCCUUCCUCCGCUGGACCUGCUUCACUACUUUAAUAAUGGCCACCAAACUAUUCUACCCCAUCUCCCUGUGCCACAAUCUGUUUCUCAAAACGCCAUUCCAUUUUCGCUUUAAUUUCUCUAAUCUUGCAGAGAAUGAUGUUAGCAACAGCAACGCCCCUUCAGAAAAUCUUUUCGCGCACUUCGUUACCACCAUAUUUAACAUAUCUUCAGCCGACGCCGCAAAAAUGUUGAAAAAGGAGCCCUCAUUGGGGCGGCUCAAAACCCUGGAUAAGGUUGAACAGCUCACGGACAUGCUCAACAGAAACGGCUGCACCAAAGAUCAAAUUGCAAACAUUAUCAGAUUGCAGCCUUCGCUAAUGACGACAAGUGUGGAAAGAGUGCUGGAGCCCAAGAUUCAAUUGCUAAAAGAUUUGGGCGUGGAGGGGGAAAAUAUACCCAAAAUUGUAACUAUGUCCCCGAGGAUCUUGGCCUCUAAGCUGGACACCCUCCGCUCCAAUCUUGAUUUUCUCAAGACUGUAUUCCCGACCAACGAUUUUCUGGUCAGAGCAAUUAUGAGAAGGCCCGAUAUUCUUAGACUGAACGUCUUGAAACCCUCGAUCGCCUUUUGGGAGGGUUUCGGCUUUCAUGGAAUAGAGUUCAUCAAGUUUUUGUCGAUUAAUCCUCGGGUUUUGCAGCGUAGUUCUCUGUCGCCCGAGCAACUUGAUCUCAUUCGCAAGAUUGACGUUCACAAGGAAAGCAAAAUGUACAAAUACGUUGUGAGCAUCGUGGCCAGGAGCCGUAUCGAAGUGUUAGAGGCCAAGGUAGUCAAUCUUCAGCUUUGUGGUCUUUCGCCUGAAGAAGCCUGGGAAUUAGUUAGGGUUGACCCUUCAAUCCUCAACAAGUCGGAGGAAAACAUUAAGAAAAAGAUGGAGUUUAUGCUCAAUAACAUGGGACUCUCUGUAGACUUUGUGACAAAUCAUCCACGCAUGCUUACAAUGAGUUUGGACAAGGUAAUGAGGCCCAGGUUUUUGGUUUUGCAAAAUAUGAAAGCAAUGAAUGGAGUGGAGGAGGUUAAUCCUACUCGACUUUGUACUAUGCUGACGGUGAGCGAGGCCAAGUUUGUUGCCCAGAUCAUAGAAAGGCACCCUCAAUCCACUGCCCUGUGGACUGUGUAUAAAAAUGCCAUUGCUAAUGUAUCAAAAAGCUCAAAGGUGAAAUGGUGACGAUCCUGAUCCUGUUUUCCUUCAGACCACCAAUGCCAGAGUACAUGUGGAAUGCACAAACUACUGCCCAUGAUGUGCAUUAGUAAUCAAUGUAUGCCUGUAAAUUGUCAGAUUUAUGUAGUGACCAUCUCUAAUUACUCAUUGAGAGUGAAGUUAUUUGUGAACUUCAUCAACAAAUUGAAGGUACGUAUGUUUAUUUUGUUGGGUUAUCAUAUGUAACGGAUGUUUGUUUAGCCAUUGCACUUUCAUGGCUUUUCUUGUAAGGAUGAUUAUCUGACUGGAUGGCUAUUGCAGCACCAUUCAUGUGGGAUGUUUUUUUUAAAACAUUUUAUACAAACAUUUUCUUAUGUUGA